AUGGAGAAAUUCUUCGUGGGAAAGUGCCAAUAUCAACUCUGGUUUGUCUUACUUAUCUCUUUUCUUUUAAGCUUGAUACUGCUCUUUUUUGAUCAUUCGGCUUUAACGGGCUGGGAUCAAAAUAAUGUGGUCACAAUUUCGGUCAACAACUUUGUGAAUGUAAUCCAAGAUCGUAAAAAUAAAACUUUUGAUUGCACUGUAAAUUCCAGCCACAGAACAACUGCUUCAUCAACCACUUAUCAUAAUUCUACUAGUGACUUGACCAAGAAUACGAAUUCUGGUAGACAGGUGAAAGUGACACAAGAAAAAAAAGAGCCAAUUGAACAUAUUAGUCCAAGUUUAGAUUCGUGCUUUGGUCGAUAUAUUUAUAUGCAUGAUAUUCCUAGGCAGUUCAACGAGGACUUGCUCAAGGAUUGCCAUUCUCUUAUCAAAUGGUUCGAUAUGUGCCAGUAUAUAUCAAACAUGGGGCUUGGUCCUAGGAUUGAGAAUUCGGAAAGGGUUUUAUUGAGAAAGGGCUGGUUUGCAACAAACCAAUUUACGCUAGAGCUCAUAUUCCACAACAGGAUGAAGCAAUACAAGUGCUUAACCAAUGAUUCAUUGUUGGCUUCAGCAAUAUAUGUACCAUUUUAUCCUGGCUUUGAUGUGGGUCGAUAUCUUUGGGGUUUUAACAUCACAAUGAGAGAUAGUGCUUCUUUAAGUCUGGUCAAAUGGCUUGCACAAAAACCCGAAUGGAAAAGAAUGUGGGGUAGAGAUCACUUCUUAGUAGGAGGGAGGAUUGGUUGGGAUUUUAGGAGACAAACAGAUGAUGAUUCUGAUUGGGGUUCAAAGCUUAUGUUCUUGCCUGAAUCAAACAACAUGACAUUGCUAUCAAUCGAAGCAAGCUCGUGGAACAAUGACUUUGGAAUACCAUAUCCUACGUACUUCCACCCAUCCAAGGAUAUUCAGGUAAGACAGUGGCAAAGAAAGAUGAGAAGAACAAAAAGGCGGUACUUGUUCACUUUUGCAGGUGCCCCACGACCUAAUUCAACAGUUUCCAUUCGGGGUGAGCUUAUUGAUCAAUGUCGGUCUUCAUCCACAUGCAACUUUCUUGAUUGUGUUCAUGGAGCAAAUAACUGUGAGGACCCUUCAAAAGUGAUGAAGGCGUUUCAGAGCUCAGUUUUUUGCUUACAACCUCCUGGAGAUUCAUUAACAAGACGAUCAAUUUUCGAUUCCAUUUUAGCGGGGUGUAUUCCGGUUUUCUUUCAUCAGGGUUCUGCUUAUGCACAAUAUGUGUGGAAUCUACCAAAGAACCAUACUACGUAUUCCUUGUUCAUCCCACUAAAUGAUUUGAAGGAAAAAAAGGUUCUUAUAAAUGAGACAUUGCUUCUAGUUCCGAAGAAAGAAGUGUUGGCCAUGAGAGAAGAGGUUAUAAAGCUGAUUCCAAGAAUAGUUUAUGCAGAUCCCAGGUAUAGACUAGAGAGCAUUGAGGAUGCAUUUGACAUAGCAGUUAAGGGUGUUCUUGAGAGAGUAGAGGCAGUAAGGAGGGAGAUUAAGGAGGGUAAGGAUCCUAGUAUUGGUUUUGCAGAACUGAAUGGUACAAAAUUCUAA